AUGUACUACAGCUCACUCCCUUCAGUCUUCUUAUCUCCAGUUGGUGUUAGUGGUGAGCUGAGGCUGUUCCUCAACCUUCUGUUCUCUCAAAGACAGGGCACAGCAUAGCUACAAUGUCUGACACUGAGGAGAUUGUGGAGGAAUAUGAAGAGGAGGAGGAAGCAGAGGAAGAGGUUGAGGAAGAGGAGAAUGUAGAGGAGGCCCCUCAAAUAGAGGAUGACGAAAAUGAAGCAGAGGAAGAAAAUGAGGUACAGGUAGAACAGGAAGAAGACUCCAAGCCUAAGCCAAAAUUUUUUGUCCCUGCCAUUGUCCCUCCCAAGCUGCCCGAUGGAGAGAAGGUGGACUUUGAUGACCUCCAUCGUAAACGUGUCGAGAAGGACUACAAUGAGCUUCAGGGCCUCAUCGAGGCACACUUUACCAACAGGCAGAAAGAGGAAGAGGAGCUGGUAGCCCUGAAAACCCGCAUUGAACGGAGACGUGCCGAUCGUGCAGAGCAGCAGCGCAUUCGAACCGAGCAGGAGCGUGAGAGACAGGCUCGUUUGGCUGAGGAAAGGACGCGGCGUGAGGAGGAGGUGGCCAAACUCCGGGCUGAGGAGGAAGCCAAGAAGAAGAAACUCCUCACCAAUAAGGGCUAUGGAGGCUACCUGCAGAAGGUGGAACAGAAGAAGGGCAAGAAGCUGACAGAACGUGAGAAGAAGAGAAAGGCCCUCGUGGAGCGCCGAAAGCCACUCAACAUCGACCACCUUAACCAGGAGAAACUGGCUGAGAAGGCCCGAGAUCUCUGGCAGUGGCUGCAGCAGCUGCAUGCUGAGAAGUUUGACCUGGGUGAGAAGCUGAAGAGGCAGAAGUAUGAUAUCAAUGUGCUGCGCAACCGUGUCAAUGACCAUCAGAGAUACAGCAAGACAACCAAGACCACCAGGAAGUCCUGGAAAUAGAUAAUGUGGAUUAGGGAAUAUAUAUAUGAUAUGAUAUGAUGCGGUGGCAUAGACUCUUGGUCACAUCACAGUUUAACUUUAUUGAUUUUCUCUUUGAUUUACAGUGAAUUCUUUUGGUAAGAAAGAUCAAGACCAUGUUUGCUGACACUACAUACUUAUGCAAGACUGACAGAAAUCCAAUGUUUUAAAGAUUACAGUUCUAAGUGUGUUCCUGGUUUAGUCUGUAUUACUUAUACAAUUGAGGGCAAAGGUUUACGCUCCCCAUGGCGUCUGAAUGGAAGGAGAAUGUAUCACUCUUUUGAAAUGUAUUUCCAAAAAAAAAAACAACAAAAAAAAAGUAAAAUUUCUAAUUCCAAGA